GGGAGGAGCCGGGGGGCUGGCUCCCCGGCCGCGCCGAGCUCCCCGCCCCGGCCCGCUGCCUUCCCCACGCCGGGCCCCGCCGCAACGUGCCGCGCUGCGCCGCCCCUCACCUGCCUCUCCGGCUCCGGCGCUCACCGCAGGCCUCGGGACUUGCUCACUACAGGCCGCGGGCAGCCCACGACGGUUGGAGCUCCUGUCUCUUUAAAUCCGGGUCCUAGAGCGGGAGGCAGCGCGCAGGCGCAAGAGCCAAGGCUGCGGCCACGCGACCGGUCCCCGCCCCCGUCUGCCACGUGGGUCGUAGCUACAUUCUGCCUGCCCUGUGAUGUUUGGGAGUAGUUUUCAACCUGCAAUCGCGGCCCGGGAAGCGGAGCAAAUUCAACAUCCAGCAGCUUCCUUGAUAGCAAAAGUAGCAACAGCUCAGGAUGACGUCACAGGAGAUGGUACUACUUCAAAUGUUCUAAUUAUUGGAGAGUUAUUAAAACAAGCUGAUCUGUACAUUUCUGAGGGCCUGCACCCUAGAAUAAUAGCUGAAGGAUUUGAAGCUGCAAAGAUAAAAGCACUUGAAGUUUUGGAGGAAGUUAAAGUGACAAAGGAGAUGAAAAGAAAAAUCCUCUUAGAUGUAGCUAGAACAUCACUACAAACUAAAGUUCAUGCUGAACUAGCUGAUGUGUUAACAGAGGCUGUGGUGGAUUCUGUUUUGGCUGUUAGAAGACCAGGUUACUCUAUUGAUCUCUUCAUGGUAGAAAUAAUGGAGAUGAAGCAUAAAUUAGGAACAGAUACAAAGUUGAUCCAAGGAUUAGUUUUGGAUCAUGGUGCCCGUCAUCCAGAUAUGAAGAAGCGAGUAGAAGAUGCGUUUAUCCUUAUUUGCAACGUUUCACUGGAAUAUGAAAAAACAGAGGUGAACUCUGGUUUCUUUUAUAAGACUGCAGAAGAGAAAGAGAAAUUGGUAAAAGCUGAAAGAAAAUUUAUUGAAGAUAGAGUACAAAAAAUAAUAGACCUGAAGGACAAAGUCUGUGCUCAGUCCAAUAAAGGAUUUGUCGUCAUUAAUCAAAAGGGAAUUGAUCCGUUUUCCUUAGAUACUCUUGCAAAACAUGGAAUAGUAGCUCUUCGCAGAGCAAAAAGAAGAAAUAUGGAAAGACUCUCUCUUGCUUGUGGUGGAAUGGCCUUGAAUUCUUUUGAAGAUCUCACCGUAGAUUGCUUGGGACAUGCUGGUCUUGUGUAUGAGUAUACAUUAGGUGAAGAAAAGUUCACUUUUAUCGAGGAGUGUGUUAACCCUCGCUCUGUUACCUUGUUGGUUAAAGGACCAAAUAAGCAUACUCUCACACAAGUCAAGGAUGCCAUAAGAGAUGGACUUCGUGCUAUCAAAAAUGCCAUUGAAGAUGGUUGUAUGGUUCCUGGAGCUGGUGCAAUUGAAGUGGCAAUGGCUGAAGCUCUUGUUACAUAUAAGAACAGUAUAAAAGGAAGAGCUCGUCUUGGAGUCCAAGCUUUUGCUGAUGCCUUACUCAUUAUUCCCAAGGUUCUUGCUCAGAAUGCUGGUUAUGACCCACAGGAAACAUUAGUAAAAGUUCAGGCUGAGCAUGUCGAGUCAAAACAACUUGUGGGCAUAGAUUUGAAUACAGGUGAGCCAAUGGUAGCAGCAGAUGCAGGAGUUUGGGAUAAUUAUUGUGUAAAAAAACAACUUCUUCACUCUUGCACAGUGAUUGCCACCAACAUUCUCCUGGUUGAUGAAAUUAUGCGAGCUGGGAUGUCUUCUCUCAAAGGAUGAUUGAAUUCAAAAUCAACCCUUCUAGAAGAUGAAAUUUAGUACACUUUACAUCUGACUACUAUUGUGUAGCCUGAGCCAUUCUGAAUUUCUACACAAUAAAUGCAGUUUAUGUCUUUUGGGGCUUAAUAGUCUCAAAAAUAUUUCAUCAAGGUAUAAAGAACACAAUAAAUACUUUUACAGUAAAGGAAUAAUAAUUAAAUGUUUCCCCAAGAGUCCUAACUCCCCACCCUUUGUUAUAUGCUAUUGCAGUUUUUAUAGCAUAGGACCUUUAUGAUUCUUAGACCUUUUGGCAAGUUUUAAUUAACAAAAUAGAGGUUUUAAUACACCCAAGUAAAUUUCCAAUUUAUCAGAGGGUAUAAAUGUAGUAGGACAGAAUGUUUCAUUUUCUCUCAAAAUUCUUUCAGUGACUUCUUGCUGCCACUCUUCCCUCUUAUAAAUAUGGUGUGUAGCUUUGGGUUGCAUUGUUUAUAAUAUCUGACUCAAUUUAUUUUGUAUAUCAUUUGUUAUAUUUUACCUGGCUUUUUUUGUAUGUGUGAUCAACAAUUUAUGCUACUGUGCUAGCUCUGGUAGCUCUCUGUCUAGAUGGUGAGAUAGAACAGGUCUCAUCUCGAAAGAUGAGAAUUGUUGACACCAGUGGUGGGAAAUAAUUGUUUUUGGCUUAUAAUACACCUGUUCAGUAUAGAUAUUAUAGCAAUAUCUUUCUUGUUUGAAACUC